GGAUCCGCUCGCCCAGCUAUGCUGCUGCGGCCGCUGCGGGGCUGGGCCGCCCGGGCGCUGCGUUGCUUUGGGCCGGGAAGCCGGGGGAGCCCGGCCUCAGGCCCCGGGCCGCGGAGGGUGCAGCGCGGGGCCUGGUCUCCCGGUAACGCGCGUCUUGGUCCCGCCUCCCAGGAGCCCCUAUGCGCCCACCUACUCCCGGCCCCCUCGGCUCCCGGAACCCGCCCGAGCCCGAAGCGCCUCCUCCGAGGCGCGGGAUUUCCUCCCCGGCUGCGGCUGGGGCAGGGGCGGCCAUCGGCCGUUACCCGGGCGCGAGACCGCAGCGAGCGCGGGGGGCGAUGGGGUUCUGCGCCCGGCUUUUGUUCUGGGAUGGAGAGGGGAUUUAAAGAGCAGGAUGGACACGCUCUGAACAUUGCGGCCCAAACUCGGUCCCUCGACCCGUUUCCUGUCCCGAUUCUUUCGACCUUGGGGGCCAUGGGGACUGGGAGCUGCCUUAAGCCGAUUCUCCUCACAUUCUGGUGCCAGCGUGGGGGAGGGGGGUUACGCCCCCGGCGCUUUCCUGCCCUCCCUGGGAGUGGGGACCCACACAGAAACGGGUCACUGUUAUACCCGAGUUCUGGUGUCCGCCAUAUGGCUGUUGAGAGACGCCUCAGAACCACCUGUGAGGCAGGUGGGCAGCGAUGCCCUCCCUGGGCCUAGAGGAACACCUGGGUCCCAGGCCCAAACCCACGCCCGCCGCCCACUCUUCCCCGUGCACGGCGAGUGGAGGCUGUUCUGCCUUUCCACUUGCUUAACAUCCGGUCUGUGAAGAUCUAAGUAAAUAACGUGGAAAAUGCAAAGUAUAAUGUACUAAGUGAAAGAACUCGAGCACACUGGGGGCCCACGCAGCUGCAGCUGCAGCCCAGGGUGGCACAUCGGCGAGACGGUGGUGUGCGCCUCCAACCUCGGAGGGCACCCAAAAUGGAAAAUAUUUUUAGGCCACGGAAUAAAGAACAGGAAAAAGAGAAAAAAUCAGUGAUCUGUGUCGAGGGCAAUAUUGCAAGUGGGAAGACGACAUGCCUGGAAUUCUUCUCCAAUGCAACAGAUGUUGAGGUGUUAACGGAGCCUGUGUCCAAGUGGAGAAAUGUCCGUGGCCACAAUCCUCUGGGCCUGAUGUACCACGAUGCCUCUCGCUGGGGCCUUACGCUACAGACUUAUGUGCAGCUCACCAUGCUGGACAGGCAUACUCGUCCUCAGGUGUCAUCUGUACGGUUGAUGGAGAGGUCGAUUCACAGUGCAAGAUACAUUUUUGUAGAAAACCUGUAUAGAAGUGGGAAGAUGCCAGAAGUGGACUAUGUAGUUCUGUCAGAAUGGUUUGACUGGAUCUUGAGGAACAUGGACGUGUCCGUUGAUUUGAUAGUUUACCUUCGGACCAAUCCUGAGACUUGUUACCAGAGGUUAAAGAGGAGAUGCAGGGAAGAGGAGAAGGUCAUUCCGCUGGAAUACCUGGAAGCAAUUCACCAUCUCCAUGAGGAGUGGCUCAUUAAAGGCAGCCUUUUCCCCGUGGCAGCCCCUGUUCUGGUGAUUGAGGCUGACCACCACAUGGAGAGGAUGUUAGAACUCUUUGAACAAAAUCGGGAUCGAAUAUUAACUCCAGAGAAUCGGAAGCGUUGCCCAUAGGAGACAAAAGGUCUAUGGCUCAUGUCUGAAAAAUGCCUGCUGCUGCCAAGUUAGCUAUUGGGAGCAAUCUGGAAAAACUUGCUCCCAGGAGGGCUUUGUGUCUGGCCAGCUUGAUUUUCCUAAUGGUCUCAUCUCCUUUGCUAGUGUCUUUGUCAUGCGUCUCUGGCCCUCGUGGGUAAAUGACAAAUGGGACCAAUGGGUUUGCCAAGCCCUUUGCUGUUCGCAGCCUCACAUUCCCCCGCUGCCUCUCCCAGUGGCUUUGUGCUGCUGAGUUGUUCUCAUGAAGCCCUUAGGGAGAGCACCUGUUGUGUGCCUGACACCACGCUGGAGCUGUGUACCAAUCGUCUCAGCCUUCAUUAGGAGGCCGAGGUAGGAGUCUUAUAUCCCAGGUGAGGAAUUUGAAGCUCAGAAAGGUUGAGGGGCUCCCCAGAGGUCACACAGCCCGUGUGCAGUGGAGCUGGCACCAUUCAGACUUUCAGCCGACUCCGCAACUUUCCCUUGCCCUGGGCUGCCUCCUCCUGAGAGCUGUUCCCCACUGCCCUGCCUCUUCUGGUUGGAGGCUCUCAUGUCUCUUUGGGGAGAGCUGGCAGUGUGCGGAGCUCUCUGUGUGGGAUAACAUUUUCCCAAUAUUGAGCAGUUCCCAAGGACAGUCAGCAUUUCUAGACUUCCACAAAAUUAUGCUGCAUUUGGCUGGAGCCCGGUGUUCAGUGGUUUCCCUGCCGGAGGCCGCUGCAGCCCCAUCUACCACGUCUUCAUGUGGACCUUGAGAUUCACACGCUGGCUCCUGAAGGGUGCUCCGUCUCCUUGGUGAUGAAGGUCCUGCUUGAACUGCUGCCAACUCCAUGUCAGGGAAGUCGCUUUUGGUGCCUGGCUGGUUUGCCCAGAGCCAAGCUGGGGCAAGGGGCAGCCAGCCCUGGCUUCCAAGGCUCCCGUACUGUCUGUGUCCUUGUAUAAGGAGCUUUGCUCUUGGAAUUACUGAAAGUCUGUGGCCCAAGAGAGAGACACAAGUGGCCUUAAGUCUUUUUGAAAUGUUAUUUCAUCCAGGGAAAUGCCUCGAGCCAUAGAGCCUGAAAUCAUCUUUGUUGGUUCAGAAAAUACCUUAGCUUCACUCAGCUGGAACUGCAUUGAAGGCGAGGCUGUCCCUUGGAUCAAGCAGAAAACAAGAGAAAGAAAGAACAUUCCCUUUGGGGAUAGUCUGGAAAGUUGGGAUUUGCAAAUAAAGGCUCUGGAAGCAUUGCUGGUCCUGAAGCUUUGGAGGUGGGCAGAGAGAGCUUCAAGAAGACUAGAUGCAAACCCUGGAAAGGAUUAAGGCUCAACUCUGGAGAAACAGGCCACAGCCUCUCAGAGCAGCCAUUGGCUGUAAAUAGAGGUAGCAAGGCCACUCCCAGGCCCCUGUGAGUGUGGGUACCUGUGCAUGCGAUGCUCCGACUCUGCAGAGGUGCCAAGUGCCCCUGCUGGGCCAGUCCCAGAGAGUUAGGAAGUCAAGGACUCCAACUCCUGGUUCUUCCUGUUUGGACCAGUUCUUGUGCCAUUGGCAGGAUGAGAGGCAGCAGCCAGGCGGGAGCUGUGUCUAGCAGCACCUGUAGCCCACGUGCUGCUAAUGAGCUGGAAAACUGGGGAAGGCAGAACCUUUGUUACCAGGAAUCUUGACAUGUGGGGUCUGUCUUUGAGAAUUUGUAAAUGAACAGUCCAAUAUU